AUGUCAUUCACGACUAAUAAUAUCGGUUUAACUAAUUUAAAUAACAACUUAAAAAAUAACAAAAUUACAGGCGGUGAUAUUGAAUAUGAACGUAUUUCUCGCGCACUUAACUCUUUGGUUAAAUAUUUUCUACAUGAAGUUUCCCCUUUUGAACCGAAUAAACCUAUUAAUAAAGAAACGGUAGGAGGAGGAAAAACUAACAAUACCGAGUUAUUAACAACGCGACAACAACAUACUUUUGAUUAUUUGAUUCGAGAGCAUAAAUCUUCUUCAAAAGCUUUACGUUUCGCGAAUUUAUUCACUAAAUUACAAUCACAGUCUAUAGUAACACGUAAAUGGUCAGUGUUAUAUUUCUUAUUAUCGGUUAGCGAUCAAUCAAAUAGUAAUGAAAUGACCGGAAUUUUAUAUACUGCACCGAUAGAACAAACAUUCUCAUUUCGGGGAUUGCAGAAUAUACAGAAUAUAUCAUCAAUUACACCUUCCCCACCCAGAUCAACAUUAAGGAUACAAAAAGAAGAUCCCUUACCAAUUAAAACUGGUUUCCCUAAACCUGAUCUAGAUAAUAAUUUAAAUAAUAAAUAUAAUUCCGAGAAGUUAUUAUUACGAGAUAUUAUAUUUAUAUUUCAAGGAAUUAAUGGACAAUACAUCAAAUGGGAUAGUGAAGCAAAAUCAUUUAUUAUUGAUUUGAAGAUAUCCAUUAAUCGAUCAACCGUAGAUUUGUUACAUAGACUUUCAGAAUUAGGUUUUCUUUAUCGACGAGUAGAAGAAUUUGUAAAAAUGAACGCGAAUGAUCCAUUUAUUGGAUUAGUCGGUCAGGCUUUUUGUUCCGUUUUGCAACAUGAAUUAACGGAAUAUUAUAGAUUUAUCGCAAAUCUUGAAGCUACCAUCACUAAAGAAGUUGAUAAUCAACAAUUCUUAACCAAUGGUAUCUCUUUGAAACGUUUAUUAGUAUGGACUCAAGAUUCAUUAUUCAAAUUAAGGAUUAUGUCCGUAUUAGUGGAUUGUUGUAAAGAAAAAAGAGGUGGUGCUUUGGUUUCAACAAUUUAUAAUUAUACAAAUCAUGGUGAUCCAUUCAUUCAGGAAUUUAUUAAUAAAAUGCUUGAAGAAAUUUCGCGUCCAUUUUUUGAAAUGUUACAACGUUGGAUAUAUGAAGGCGAAUUGGAUGAUCCUUUCGAAGAAUUUUUUGUUUCUUGUGAUCCAAACGUGCAAGAAGAAGAUUUAUGGCGAUCAAAAUAUUCGAUUCUUAAAGAUAUGCAACCAACUUUCAUUAGUGAAUUACUUGCCAAAAAAGUUUCAUUGAAAUAUGGAGAUAUGGUAGCAUUAGAGAGUUCUAUAGAUGCAACUUAUACUGCCACAAGUCAAAGACUUUUAAAUAUAUUAUUUACAAAAUAUAAGUUAAAAGAACAUUUCAUUGCCUUAAAACGUUAUUUAUUACUGGGACAAGGUGAUUUCAUACAACACUUGAUGGCUCAACUUGGACCUGGUCUUGGAAAACCAGCUACCACAAUUUAUCAUCACAAUCUUACCGGUAUUUUAGAAGCAGCCAUUCGCGCAUCUAAUGCCCAAUACGAUGACCCAGAUAUCCUUCGUCGAUUAGAUGCUGGGCUUUUAGAGGUUUCCUCUGGUGAUGUUGGUUGGGAUGUUUUCAGUUUAUUUUAUCGUGUCGAUUCACCAUUAAAUACUAUCUUCACUCCACAAGCAAUGCAUCAAUAUCUUAAAAUAUUCAAUUUAUUAUGGCGUUUAAAACGUGUUGAGCAUGAUUUGUCAUUUUGUUGGCGUCGUAACAUGACCAGUGCGAGAAGUUUCCUCCGCGUAGAAGAAUUACGAAAGGAAAUAAAUACUAGCAGAUUAGUUUGUAGUGAGAUGAUUCACUUUGUAUAUCAAUUACAGUACUAUAUCUUAUUUGAGGUAAUCGAAUGUUCGUGGGACGAACUUGUGACUGAUAUUCACAACCCUUCAGGAGACUUGGAUUCACUUAUAGAAGCUCAUAAUAAAUAUUUGUCCAAUGUUUCUAACAAGAGCUUUUUAAAUGCUUCAAAUAAUCAGGAUUUAUUUUUCAAUACAAAAAUUGAUGAAUUGCAUAAUCUCGGUGUAAAAGAAACGAUACGCAGAGAUAAUAACAGUGGAAGUCGCAAAGACCAAAAUCAUUCUAGAAGUAAUGAUAAAUCAGAAGAUCCAAAGGCAAUUCAAGAAUGUUUAAAUGAGGUUGCCGGGCAAUUUAAGAGCGAAGUGGUGAAUUUGUUAACUGCCUUGGCUCAUCAUCAAGAUACAGAUUUAAGAUUUCUUAGUGUUAGUCUUGACUUCAAUGAAUUUUAUCAUGUUAAUGAAAAAUAUCCUGGAAGCAGAAAAAGAACUCUAGGGAGUUGA